AUGGUAAUCGUUAUGGAUGCGGCUAUGGUUGUGAUUAGGGUUAUGGUUGUGGUUAUGGUUAUGGUUAUGGUUAUGGUUAUGCCUAUGGCUAUAGUUAUUCGUAAUGGUAAUGGUAGUAUUAAUGCUAAUGGUAAUGGAAAUGAAAGCGGUAAUGGUAAUGGCAAUGACAAUUAUGGUAGUGACGGUUAUGGCAAAGUUUAUAGUAAUGACAAUUAUAGUAGUUAUGGUAAUGGUAAUAGUAAUGGUACUGAUAUUAAGAUUGGUAAUGGCACAGGUAUUGGUAAUGAUAUUAAUAAUGUUAAUCGUACUGAUAUUCAUAAUGGCAACGGCAUUGGCAAUCGUAAUGGUAAUGUUAAUGUUACUGGUAAUGAAAAGGGUAAUGCAAUUGAGAAGAACCAUAUAACGCUUUUGGUUUGCAUAUCUGAAAAUUAUUAA